AUGUGGGCGGAAGACCAUGUGCUUCUGAGUAAUAUGUUGCGGAGCAUCCAAACGACCAGGGCAAAGGAGGAGGGGAAAAAAAUGAAAACGAUGGAGAAAAUGACUGAGCCCCCGACUGUGCAAGACGACGGAAAAGACGCGGUCGUGGAGGAUUCGUACGGUCGUGUGUGGGAUCGACUGUGGACCGUGUGUCGGCAUUUCUCUGUGUGGGGAUUAAAAUUUGCCUUCUCCCUCGCAGGGGAGCAGCGAGUGAAUGAAGAGGACCUCUCUUCGCAGGAGUCGAGGUAUGCCGAGUGUAUACUGGAACAAAAUAAAAGAAGAUACAAGGAAAAGUUGUUUCAAUUUGUUUGGAACAGGCCUGGCAUUAAGAAGGGGAGGUGUUCUGCUCCUCCUCAUCCCCUUUAA